UUUCUUAUUCGCUUUCUCUCUGUAUCUCCCUCCCUCUCGAUCGAAAUGGAAACUGAGGCUAAAGCUCCGGUGGUGGCCAAGAAGGUUUGGAGCAUUGUACGGUUGGUUCUGGUCAUGUUGAGAAAAGGUAUAGCCAAGAGCAAGGUCGCGCUUGAGCUCCAUUUGCUUCUCAAACGCGGGAAGCUUGCCGGAAAGGCCUUAGCCGACAGCACUCUGAUGCUCCACCACCACUUCGCCGCCGCCUUUGCCUCUCGAUCUAACAACCACCACCAUUCCUUCAUCCCUCCGCGUGAAUACGAGUUCAGCUGCAGCAACAGCCCCGCCUACCCCUUCGCCUCCGCCAUCAAGCGCAAGCACAAGCUGGGUAAGUCGUACCAAUACGACGACGUGUGCACCGUGAAUGCCUUCCAGAAAGUGCUGGAGAUGCUGAACAAUGAGAAUUCCAAGUUCGUGGAAGCCUCGCCUCUGGUGACAUUGCCAGGCUUCGGGAAAAGCCCUAUCGGGAAGCAACUGAGAGUGACCGACUCGCCGUUUCCCUUGAAGGACGACGGAGAUAGCCAGGUGGACUUGGCGGCAGAAGAAUUCAUUAAGAAGUUCUACAAAGAUCUAAAUUUGCAGAAGACAAUGGCCGUUCUUGAUUCGCCCCGCCCUAAAUAUUUGUGGGAUAGGUGAAUUACGACGUCGCUCGUAUCUCUGUAUUUGAUCCCACGCGUAUAUACCUCAAAACUGGCUACUACAUCUCACGAAUCAAGACCUUCUAUUUUUCGCUGCUGUAACGUCGCAUAAUGAGCAGUUUUUUUCUGGGUUGGUUCUUGAAGUGAGAGCUAGCUAGCUAGCUAUCCAGUGCGUGCUCGGACGUACUUGGGGGUUACUUCUGAUUUGUCAUCACACUGUCGUCUUGGUGUUUUUUUUUUCCUCCCUCUUUUUAAUUAAAAUUUGACAGCUCCCUCUGUUUUUGGGUUGUGAAAACCCUUUUGUCACAAUGUUGUGAUCUGUUCAUGGUGAUAAUAAAAGGAAUUACAGAAUGAAGGGGAUGAUGGAAUUGUGCCUGUCUUUUUGCGGAAGAUUAGGAAUAAUAAUUUCUCUUCUUUCAAUAAAGGACGUCGUCGUACCUACCGGGAGACUUUGGAUGAUAAAGGAGGGACUAAAGCAAGAGCGUUGUGUUUUGUCGUUGGUAGAGGAAGAAAUUCAAGGUGCAGCUAUCUUUUCUAAGUAUUGGUGAGUUGGAUCAGUUUGGCUUUAUUAGCCACCUUUUAUUAUGUCUCUCUUAUCUCUUGGCCACUCACUAUUAUAAUGGCGGAACCACUGGUUAUGGUUCGUAAUACAUAUUGAUACUGUACGUACUCGUCGCUUAUUCCAAAGUCACUUGAAUUUUUAGUCUUUUUAAGUCCAAUAGUCAAUGAUUAAUUAUAUGAUAUAGUAUGGAGUAUAUCGCAUAUAUAGCUAGCUUGAGCAUAUGUCCAAUAUCCAUACAAUCCUUUGGCUUUGGCGUUUCAGUACUGUACUUUAAUUGUUUUAAGUUGUGGACAAUAAAUUGUUUAAUAAGAUGUAC